CACUUGACAUUUUACUUUGCAUUGUAGGUCACAAACUAAAAUGGGGUUGUAUAAUUUAGCACUAGUACUAGCUCUUGUAUGUCUCUUGGGCUUAACCCUAGUACAUCUCUCCCAUGCCCAAAGCUCUAUACAAGACUACCUCAGUUCCCAGAAUGCAGCUCGUGCACAGGUGGGAGAUCCACCUCUGACUUGGGAUAACAAAGUAGCAGCAUAUGCACAAAACUAUGCUAAUCAGCGUAUUGGCGAUUGCAAGCUUGUGCACUCCGGUGGACCAUAUGGUGAAAACAUUUCAUGGGGCAGCGGUGACCUAUCAAUCGAAGAUGGUGUGAAUCUGUGGGUGGCUGAGAAGCCCCACUAUGACUACAACUCUAAUUCUUGUAUUGGUGGGGAGUGCGGCCACUAUACUCAGGUGGUUUGGGCCAAAUCACUUCGUCUAGGAUGUGCUAAAGUGCGUUGCACCAAUGGAGGGACAUUCAUUACUUGCAACUAUGAUCCUCCUGGGAACUUCAUUGGUGACCGGCCUUACAUUAAGCAUCCCCCUUCUCCAUCUAUGACCUAA